CUAAACUUCCCUAAAGUCGGCCUUGCUCUCUACAUUAUGACUGUAAUUGAAGUCGGCUGCAUGGGCGUCAAGCCCAACAUGAACAUCAUGGACCAUACCACUCCAGAGGGCAAAAUCCUGACUGACGCUUGGAAUACCGUCAUCAGCAAGCCUGGUGGCCCUCAAAGAGUUUACUGGGGCCUGGAAUCGGUUGAACCAUCAAUGGUCUGGUGCUUUUUCGACUUUGGUUCGAUCGAGCAACAUCGGCGAUUUGCUGAGGAAUACGGCGCAGAUGCAGUUAAGGAUAUUCCCAAGAUCUGCACGUAUGGAGAGUUCUCGAAGCAUAUCAAGAUGGUUCCGUCUUCUGACGUUCUUGAGUCACCUCUCACAGAGAUCAUACUGGCAUAUUUCCCCCAAGACAUCUCAGAGGAAAAGAAAGAAGCUCUCUCGUCCAAGAUUCAGGAGAUUCUCAGACAAGCGUUUCCUGGUGAGGCUAGAGUCGCUCACGCCUGGGGCGUGGAGAACGACUUUCCAGCAAGAGGUGAAGAUGGACAGCCGAGAUCAGUUCUCAUGGGUUUCGUUGGAUUGUCUCAUUCCGAAGCUUGGGGAACUUAUCGUCAGACCGAUGCUUGGAAAGAGGCACUCUCGAGUAUUGAACGGUUGGAGGGUUGUACGAGUAUUUAUAGCUUUGCGAUAAGGUCCCAGCAUCUGGAGAGGUUGGAGGGAUUUUGAUAGUUAAUUGGUCAGAAUAUGCAGUCGUCAUUACAACUCUUGACUUUUCUUCGAUUACGAACUGAUCGUUC